UACAUGUUCCAAGCCAGCGCCGAGCAAAAGUUGAGAGCAUGGUUUAGAGGUUUUGGUUUCUGCUUGAAUGUGUCUGACGGUAUAUUUAGGUUAGAUCCGUGUGAUAAUACGACUCGAAGUCGUCGUUAUCGGCAAAUGUCGAUGGGCCGAACAGAGAGCGAACCCGAACGCCUACGACGCGGUGUUGAGCAUGUUUUGAAAGCAACCAGCUACUCCGACGACGAUGUACAGGAACUGCUGAAGAAAGUGCCGAAGCGAUGGCAGAGACACGGGGACUUGGUGAUCCUUAAACGGGGUGCUUUUGACGAUCACCGUUGGGACCCUGUCCGCGAUAGGCUGUGGGACGUCAUCUGUGAUGCCCUUCGUUGCAAGAGGCUAGCGCUGUCAGGCAGGAUCACAGACGACGGACACCGGACACCCCGAGUGGAGUUGGUGCGCGGAUUCGAUGGCUGGGUCGUGCACGUCGAUAACAAGAUCAAGUACACUUUUGACGUGACCAAGUGCAUGUUCAGUGCGGGAAAUGUCACAGAGAAGCUCCGGAUCUCCAAUAUGGACUGCCGAGGCGAGGUCGUCGUUGACCUCUUUGCAGGCAUUGGCUACUUCACCCUACCGUACCUUCUGCACACCGGGGCAGCCCAUGUACAUGCCUGCGAGUGGAACCCUGAUGCCUUGGAGGCAUUGCAGAGGAACCUGAAGUUGAAUGCAGUUCAGGAUCGGUGCACUGUCCAUGCUGGUGACUGCAGAGAGGUCUGCCCCGAAGGCGUGGCGGAUCGAGUCAACCUGGGCCUCAUACCGUCAUCUGCCGUGGGCUGGCAGACGGCCUGCAGGGCACUGAACCCAGAGCGCAAGAGCUGCUGGAUGCACGUCCACGAAAAUGUUGAGUCAAAGCCCGGCGCAAAAGGAUCUGAGCACUUGGAAGAGCGUGUCCAUCAAGUGUGCACCACCAUGGCGGACCUGAUGAAGCAGUGCCAUUCAAGUCACAGCUGGAAUGUUACGUGCACGCACAUUGAGCGUGUCAAGUCGUACGCACCUCACGUUGACCACGUUGUGAUGGACUUGAGGUUUGAUCAGUUGGUGUGACCUGACUAGUAUACCUACCUGCUGUAGUGUGGUUCACAUUGAUUACGUCCAGAAAAAAGGCACCACUUAAAGCGUCUAUACAGCUCUCCAACAUUUUAAUAACCUUACGGGAGUGUUGACUAGGACGUCAGUCAGUUCCGUGUCACGGAGCCCUCCUGCAAAAGUAGUGAGGAUUGGCAGAUGUGUGCAGAGCAUCUUAGUGACUGAGCAUUGUAUGCUAAGCUAUUCCAUUGAAACCAACGCAACCCAUGCUGUUUAUCAGCUUAUCGGUCAUUUGCACCUGCUUAGUGUAACUGUAGUGGCGCUCUCAUCAACCGUGCUGCCGACGAAGAGGACAGCCAUACGAGGAGCUCUCGUGAGGUGACGCUUGAUCAUCGCCAGUUCUUUCCGCUCCGCACAUCUUCGCAUUUGCAACUCACCGUGGUGGCGUAGUGGGUAUGGCGUUGCGCUGCUAAGCCCGAGGUCGUGGGAUCGAAUCCCAACCACAGCGACCGCAUUUCGAUGGGGGUGAAAUGCAGAAAUGCCCGUGUACCGUGCAUUGGGUGCAUGUUAAAGAGCCCCAGGUGGUCAAAAGUGUAUGGUGUGCCUCAUAAUCAAAUCGUGGUUUUGACUCGUAAAACCCCAGAAUAUAAUUUUUUUUUUUGCAUUUGCACUCUGUAAUAAAUGCAGCCAUGGUUGCUUUCACGACGACCUCCUCAUAACCAUUGUGCGCACAUAUGUGCAUUUCCGUUUACAUUGGAAACAGGUAAGACACAGUGGCUAUGCAGAGCUUAACGGAAUAGCCUAGCACACAAUGCUCAGAUCGUGCGCAUGUGCCUGCUGUCACUACUUUUGUAGCUGUGCCCCGCUACAUGGUGCUUACCAUCGCGAGAUUAUUAACGUCUUGGAGAACUGUACUUACCAGCUUCCCUUUGGAUCAUGACUUGUUAUAAUAAACAGUGUCUCAAUUGUUACAUUUGCACAAAUGCAUAAAUGUUGUGGUGUUGUAUAUUUCCCUUCUGCUGAGGUGCCUGCAGGCCAUUUGUAAAACAAGCAAUAACCAUUACUUUAUGUGGAAUGUGCAGUGUUGUUUAUAUUGGUCAGUUGCUGGGCAGUUGCCUUGAUAUGACUGUUAUCGUGCUCGAAACUACCGCUGGCACUGAGUCAUUCCUUCAUAAAUCAGCUUCAUUAUCGGCUCCACUCACAACUGCAAAAGUGAAGGAAACCAGUCUUGACGAAAUGAAAGCAAUCAAAAACUUGCAGAAGGACACAGGUAUGGUAAUUCUACCGGCAGACAAGGGCAACACCACCGUUGUUUUCAACACGUGGGACUAUGAGGAGAAGGUGACGAUGUUACUGAACAGCCAAGAAUAUGAAAAACUAAAGAAGGUCCCCACAACAAGAACACAAUCAGUGUUGAACAAGACGCUCGCCGAAACAUUUCACAGCCACACAAAUUUUUGAAGUAAUUAUCUACAGUAAAUAUGCAGAAAUGAAUCAGCACCAGUGUUCUAAGGCCCACUGAAAUUUCAUAAACUAGGAAUUCCCCUACGUCUGAUUGUGGACUUCUGCUCUCCAAUGUCAUCAAUGUCCCUGUCCCUGCAAAGAAUAAUACUAUCACCACUCACUGGAUAGAUGACGACCCACAAGCUUUGUCAGAAGACUUUGUCAAGCUGACAUCAAAGAUAAGUCUCGAAGCCAAUGAAUGUCUGAUUUCCUUUGACUUAAUCUCCCUGUUUACCAAAGUGCGCAUAAGGUUUGUUGUGAGUGCUGCUUGGGACGUCCUGGAAUGCGACGAUGUGCUCAAUGAAACAACCCCCCUUAGUGUAGAUAAGAUCUGUCACCUCCUGGAACUCGUGCUUGUCAGGUACUUGCUUUUCUUUAAGAGGCGAGCACUACAAAUAAAAGGACCACCCAUGAUGGCAUCGAUUUCUGUCACGAUGGCCAAGACAUGCAGAAUAUUGAGGAUAGUGCUCUCACUACACACGACCUUAAACUGAAAGUUUUUCUCAGGUACGUGGACAACUGCUUCUGCAUUGUAAAGACAUUACAAGUCGAAAUUCCAGCAGAACCCAUCUCACGAUGAAUGUCGGCAUUAAUGUGAUUAGCAUUGAAGCGAUAUGGUGACACCGUAUCGCCAAUGCUGAAACGUGCAUGGAGCCAGGGUCCUUUCUCGUGCUUCCCACUACACAUGCUGUGCUGUUCAGCUGCGACUCUACAAAGUUCACGUCUGGUGCGGGUUUGAUUCUGCCGAGCACUGAAGAAAUUUUAAACCAUCUUUUUUGUGAUUGAAGUGUGCCACAAAUGCAGUAGCGCAUGCUCAGUUACCCAAGUUGGUCUGACGGUUGUUUUAGAGCCCUGUUCCAUCAGCACAGCAGCCCGACGUGCUACCCAUUAGACCAUGGACUACCCACUCCCACUGACCCAAGUUGGCGAGCCAACGGUUAGAGACAUAGAUAGGUAGAUAGAUUGAUCGAUAGAUAGUCACCAGAAAGUGUGUGAAGUGCCCUAAGAAUGCUAGACACAUUAAAAACCAUCUCAACUACCUAAACUUCAUAGAGCUUGGUGUGCAGUUCACGUGCGAGUGUGAAAAAGAUGGAUCCCUCCCAUUCCUCGAUGUACUAGCUGCUCUCUAAAAUGUUCCGUCUGCCAUGAACCAACCCACACAGGCUGCUACCUACACUUGAGCUCGAACCAUUUGGCAGGCUACGAGGCGUCUGUUGCAAAUACUUUUAUUAAAAAGAGCUGAAACUCGGGGCACAUUGGAAUCCGGCAGAUAGAAAGAAAAACAGUUCUCAGUGAACUUGGGAAAGAAUGGUCCGCUACCCAAAUGACUUCAUUGAGAAAAUCAUCCAAUUAAAGAAAAGAAAUGCCAAACUACAGAAACUGCAACCCUUCACUUGCCCCUUUCCUCAGAAUUGAGUAUU